CUUGAAAAUAAUUGUCGUUAGUGUCAGAGACUAACGGGGGAGGUUACAGUUCGGGCUUUUAGCUUCCGAAGCCUGACGAAGCACAACAAGCCUCAUAGCUUAAAGGUAGCGCAGCUCUGGUGUCAGAGUUCUGGUUCAGCUGACCUUUCAGGUUCAAAGUUGCUGCUUUUAGAAAAAUAUGACUGUGUGACACGAUCAUAUACGGUCAUGUCUCCGUGUUAUUUUGUUUUAUUACCUUUGCGUGUUUCUCGUUCAGAGCUCAGAUAGGACGGUGUUUACAGCAGGAUGUGCAGGCGGAUCAGUUGCUCGGCUGUCUGGCUCUGGUCUGCUCUCUCGUUCCCAUAAAUUCGCUCUUUCAGGCUGAAUACAGAAGUGAUUCCAUGGAAAUAACUCAGGGAGGCUCCUUUAUUUACCAUCCGUAUCCCCAGUGUUUUUAGGCUGAUCCGGAGUGAAGUGAAGGCUGCAAACUUUGUGUUGUGCAGCGUUGGCUUUAACUGGUAGUGGCAAAUAUUUACAAACCACCAUCUUCUUAAUUCAGGAUCGCUUGGAAAUUAAUGAAAACUUAAAAGCCCAUUAUAUUAGGAAGACAACAAUGUUCAUAGUAUUGCUUUUUUGCAUCUGAAAUACCACUUAGUCUUUUCUAGUAGUCAUGGUAACUCAAAGCGGAAACAAGUGAGCCGCAUUGGCUCCUGGAGAUGUGACGUCAACGCCGUAGGUGCAAAGAGCCCAUUGAGGUAAAAAACGUUUUAUUAAAAAAAGUUAGUACCUUAAUUCUCGUCUUGCAUCCUCCUGUACUGCAGGUGGCGCUACACUAAUCACUUUUAAGCUGCUUUUAAACUCCGCUCUUCUGCCCAAAGAAAAGGUGGAAGCAGCAGCGCCAGUCAAUCAACCAACCAACCCCGGAGUCCUCCUCUGAUCACAUCCCGGUGUGGAGGACUGUUUUCUGGCUUUUUGUCCUCUGAAAAGAUGCUGAGACGGCGCGCAAAGUCGAAGCUUGGAUGCACCAAGUCGGAUGAGGCGCUGUCAAAAAGCGAGCAGGAUUCUUCUGAUGAGAAUCAGUCCGACAAAGAAAAUAAGCUUCAGCGCAAGAAAAAAUUUGAAUGUGAUGAAGAUUCAGACUAUGAACCUGCUGAGAAGAAACGAAGAGGAAGAGGGAGUGGGUUGAACAGCAAGUCCCUUCAAGUCAACAGCAAAGUCAAAUCCAAAGCGAGAGCGAAGGGAAAGUUCAAGGCAGAAAUGUUGCCAUCCGGUGAGGAUGGCGCCAAGAUGGAGGGAUGGCGUGAGGUUGACGAGGCCGACGUAGCGCCAUGCCUGCCCACCUUCCGCCCUUUGCGAACACCUGGACCCCAGCUCAUCAUGAUGGCUCCGUACACGGCCCUAGACCUUUUUCAGCUUUUUUUUACAAAGAGCGCCCUGCAGACAAUAGUGAAAAACACCAAUGAAAAUGGCCGAGCCCACUGCUCUACCAAAUACCACACUUGGACGGACAUAACCCUGAAAGACAUGUAUUCUUUCCUGUCUCUCGUGAUCUACAUGGGCUUUGUCAAAUGCUGCGCUCUGACCGAUUACUGGCGAUGUGGCACCUUGUACGAUCUACCUUUCCCACGAAAGGUGAUGUCUGGAAACAAGUGGUUGGGAAUCCUCCAGGCUCUGAAGCUGAGCAGUCUGGAAGAUGACGCUAAAAACGAGAAGAAGAAAGGAACGCCAGAGUUCGACUGUCUGGCCAACAUAAAGCCGCUGUAUGAUGACAUCAGAGAAGCCUGCCGUCACAACUACCAGCCGCGCCAGGAGAUGGCCGUUGAUGUGAGAAUGGUUGCCUCAAAGGCUAAAGUGCCUCUAAAGAAGUUCAUGAAGAACAAGUCUGUCCACUGGGGCUUCAAGCUUUUUGUUCUGGCCGACUGCAGCAACGGCUACACCUAUGACUUUCUGGUGUACGAGGGUGAAAGUGGCAAGGCUCUGAGUGACACGGUCAUGAGCCUGAUCAAUCCCUCCAUACUGGGCAGUGGCUACAAGCUGUAUUUGGACAAUAUUUACACCACUCCAAGCUUCUUCCGUGAUCUGCUGAAGCAUAAGAUUUUGGCCUGUGGGACCGUCAGGCCGCACGGAGCGGAGUUCUCUAAGGUCAAGCUGAAUGUCCUGGACCAGGACUCUCCCCGCGGAAGCAUCCGCUGGCUUCGCUCAGACUCUGUCCUCUUUUUGCAAUGGCGAGACACCAAGGACAUCUUCCUCUGCUCCACCAUCCACCCAGCCCAUGCAAAUAAAAGCACCAACAAGAAGACAAAGAACAAAGGAGGCAGAAGCCCUCCCAAAGCAAUUCCUCCAUCUGUCAAAGACCACUCUCGGUGCAUGGUGGGAGUGAGCUUAUCCGAUUCUCAGAUAGGAUAUUACCAAGUUCUCCGCAAGACCCGAAAGUGGUACACGACGUUUUUCUAUCACUUUGUGGACAUCGCAGCCGUUAACGCCUACUUUCUCUACGAAGAACUCUGCAAAGCGAAAGGGGAAUUGGCGGCGCAGCAGAAGGUGUUCCGAGAGCUCCUGGUGGAGCAGCUGUUCGAGGCGGGCACAGAGAGGGCCACGGCCGCGCCACCGCAAGCGCCUGAGCCGACCGAGACUCAUCACCGGCUGGUCUACUUGACCAGCGACUGGGCCGACGGCUGGCAAAAGUGCAAGGUGUGCAAAACCAAGACGCCGGUCAAAUGCUCCUCCUGCAAUAUUCCCCUGUGCUUUUCGCCUCAGAGAGACUGCUACAAUGACUGGCACACUGAAAGUAACAAAUGAGUGGCUGAAUGCUGCUGUGGUGAAUAUACACACAGUCUGGUGGGACUGUUUUAUUUUUGUCUAGACUCUAUCUUUAGAAGUGGUUCAUUUAUUAGAAACUAAACUAGGAAAAUUUGCUUUUUUCUGUGUUUUUUCACCACUUGCUGUAUUUCUCUCUUACUGACAUCUGAAUGUUGACCUGUGUUCCUCAGGGCUUUAGUUUUCUUUAGUGACCUCAAUGGUGCCUGUAUGUUGAAGUUUGUAUUAGUCUCUUAGAUGUAGAUAUUUUUUUGUUCUGAUAUGUUUUAACAAAUAGAUUUCUGUUUCAACUGUGAAAACUAGAUUAAAGAUCCAGUGUUACAUCA